UCCGCUUCCCCACACACCGGAAGCAGCCAUUCCACUUCCUCUGCUGUCAGUCUAUCACGAGACGGCCCCGCCCACCCCGCAGUAUACGUAUCGUGCAGCCAUUGCGUGCGGGGCCUAGAUAGCAGUCUGAGAGGCGGUGAAAGCGGCCGCCAACCCCCUCCUUCUCCUACACAGCUCGACGGAUCGGACCCAGCAUGACCUCCCUCCGCGGCCUGCUACUGCUAUUCCUGCUGGCCUUCCCGGUCACACUGCUCGGAAACGGCGCGGGUCCUUUAGUUGCUGCACAGGAUGCUACAGAGGAUGAAGAAGCUAUUGAUGACUCUGUAGUUGAGGAUGAGGAGGAUGAGGCUGAAGUGGAAGAAGAUGAAUCUACAGAUUUGGCAGAAGAAAAAGAGGAUGAAGAAGACUUAAGUUCAGGCGAACCAAAAGCUUCCCCUAAUGCCGAUACAACUAUUCUUUUUGUUAAAGGAGAAGAUUUCCCAGCUAAUGACAUUGUGAAGUUUCUAGUGGGCUUCACUAACAAGGGUAGUGAAGACUUCAUUGUUGAAUCUUUGGAUGCAUCGUUCCGUUAUCCUCAAGACUACCAAUUCUACAUUCAGAAUUUCACUGCCCUUCCUUUAAAUACAAUUGUUCCACCUCAGAAACAGGCCACUUUUGAAUAUUCGUUUAUUCCAGCUGAACCAAUGGGAGGGCGUCCCUUUGGGCUGGUCAUCAAUUUGAACUACAAAGAUGCAAAUGGGAAUACUUUCCAGGAUGCAGUUUUCAACCAGACUGUUACCAUUAUUGAAAAGGAAGACGGUCUAGAUGGGGAAACGAUUUUCAUGUACCUUUUCCUUGGUGGGCUUGGUUUGCUGGUAAUUGUUGGAUUGCACCAGCUGCUGGAGUCCAGAAAGAGGAAGAGGCCUGCACAAAAAGUAGAGAUGGGUACAUCUAAUCAAAACGAUGUAGAUAUGAGUUGGAUUCCUGCCGAAACGUUGAGCCAAAUCAUGCAAAGUAGACGAGACAAAGCUUCACCAAGAAGGUCUCCACGUAAACGAGCCCAGAAAAGAUCAGCAGGCUCUGAUGAAUAAACAGACUUUGUGCUCUGCAAUUUAUUCUGUCCACUAAUCCCGCCCUCCUGCUGCCCAAGGUGGAUACUUCCCAAUUCCAUACUGGCAAUGCUGAAAAGGGUAAUAAGUCCCUAUAAAACAUUAAGACUGCAAAAUAAAUGUUUCUCAUUGGGAAACGUCCUUUUUAUAUAUUUUUUUUUUCCCUUUCAAUCUGAGCACCCAGCCUAAAGCAUCUAGACUUCAUACACAGGUGCUGCUACAUCUGGAUAUCCAUAGUAGACAUCGGAGUGGAGUCUUUACUUGCCUAUCCAGAUUGCAUCUUGCACUCUGUCACACCGACUGUUUAAAUGAGCCACUUACUCAGAUUUCGGUUUGGAUGUAGAAACACUGAGGGAUUGUGUUGGCAUGGCUGAAAUGCUUGUCACCCCAGGGACUUCUGCUUCUGUCUGAAUCCACAUGUUCAGUUAUUUGAAAUUGGUUUGUAUUUUUUCCCCUGCUGCUGUGAUGUGGAAUUAUAUAUAUAUUUUAUUUUUUUGUGUAUCCCAAUGUGGUUUUUUGUUUUUUUACACCAGGGAAGUACUUAUGAAAUCUGUACCCUAUGCUAUAUUUGAGGGGUUCAUCAUAGUAGUUGAAUAACAUCCAGAGGUAGAGUGUGCUGAUUUUAUUUUUUUUAUUUUUUUUUUUUAUUUUUUUUCCCAGAAGCUAUUUUGGGGGUGGAUGGGUGGGUUUGGUUAGGGAUGUGUGGAAUAUGUGCAAAACGUUUUUAGAUGUUUGUGCAUUUUGAAGCCUAAAAUAAGAAGGAUACAUGACUGCUUAGGAAUGGGAACAUUGAUACAAAGACCUGGAAACUUUUUGUAAAAUGAUAAACUGGCUUUAAAAA